GACAACGCGUGGUGAGGGAGAGAGGGGACCCGCCUCCUUCUAGACGCCAGCAGGGCCAGGCCCAGGCCAAGACCCCUCAGUUCCUGGUUGUCUGCUGCUCUUGGAUGGGCCUCACGUCUCCUUUCUCGUGGUUCGGCUGCCCCCAGAAGUCCCCUGCAUCUGCACUUGUGUUCUCUCUCAGUGGCUGUUUGGACCCGGCAUCCUGCCGUCGCUGAUGUGACUCCCCGCCCUGGCUGGCCGCUCCAAACCAUGGCCGACACCAUCUUCGGCAGUGGCUGUGAUCAGUGGGUUUGCCCCAAUGACCGGCAGCUUGCCCUGCGAGCCAAGCUGCACACCGGCUGGUCUGUGCACACCUACCAGACAGAGAAGCAGAGGAAGAGCCAGAGCCUCAGCCCGGCCGAGGUGGAGGCCAUCCUGCAGGUCAUCCAGAGGGCCGAGCGCCUUGACAUCCUGGAGCAGCAGAGGGUCGGGCGGCUGGUGGAGCGGCUGGAGACCAUGAGGCGCAACGUGAUGGGGAACGGCCUCUCCCAGUGUCUGCUCUGCGGGGAGGUGCUGGGCUUCCUCGGCAGCUCCUCCGUGUUCUGCAAAGACUGCAGGAAGAAAGUCUGCACCAAAUGCGGGAUCGAGGCCUCUCCCGGCCAGAAACGGCCCCUGUGGUUGUGUAAGAUCUGCAGUGAGCAGAGAGAGGUCUGGAAGAGGUCAGGGGCCUGGUUCUACAAAGGGAUCCCCAAGUUCAUCCUGCCCCUGAAGACCCCUGGCCAGGCCGAUCACCCCUCCUUCCGACCGUUGCCCAUGGAGCCAGCAGAGCAAGAGCCCAGAAGCACUGAGACCAGCCGCAUCUAUACCUGGGCCCGAGGGAGAGUGGUUUCCAGCGACAGCGACAGCGACUCUGAUCUCAGCUCCUCCAGCCUGGAUGACAGACUCCGGCCCGCUGGGGUCAGGGACCCGAAAGGCAACAAACCCUGGGGCGAGUCAGGCGGAAGUGUGGAGUCACUGAAGAUGGGGCCCGCCCGCCCAGCCAGCUGCCUCUCGGGGAGCCAGAGCAGCCUGGCCAGUGAGACUGGGACAGGCUCUGCCGACCCACAGGGGGGCCCCCGCACCCUGGCCGGACCCAGAGGGCCCUGGUAAAAGGGACACCGGGGCCAGCCCCCGCUGCUGACGUGGCCUCCAACGGUCCCCUCCACCUGCCCUGGACAGAGGUGUGCUUGGUGCACGGGACAGACUUCCCAGUGGAAGAGCUUGAGAGAGGACAGAGAAAGCUGGAGCCAGACCCCUCCUGGUUCCUUCCUGACCAGUCCUGGAGCCCUUGGCCACCAGCCCUGUCAGACGUGACCUCUAACUCAACAAACCAGUGUUUGGGGGGCUGAGUCUGCUCCCCCAGACCCAGUGCCUUUCUGCACCCCUUCUUUCCUGGGAGCCCCCCACCCCCACCCCAGCCACUCCACUCCACCUUGACCUUUAUUUAUUGCCCUUCCCACUCCCCAGCCUACUCCCGUGUUCAUUUUAAGUUUGCUGUCGUCUUGGAUGGACUGGAAGGGCUUUCAGACCCACCCGUGGGGCCUUCCGAUGUGCACCACUGUCUCAGAGGUGGGGCUUUCUCCAUACUUGCAUUCAUGGAGGAAGACAUCCAGGCCUGACAGUGACCCUUCCCCGAGGAGCGUGGCCCCCAGAGAGGAGGCCAGUGGAGGUGGGAGGAGAGGUCCACCCCCCCUUCCCCUCUUGCUGCAGCCCCCAGACAUGGAUACAGUCACCUCCCUCCUGGCCCAGGAUCUGCUCUUGAACUUGGCUCUCUGUUAGGUCUCUCAGAAGCCCUCCCGCGGGGCUGGUGGAGCUGGAAAGGGUUCUGGGGAACACUGUGAAUUCGUUCACUAAAGAGGAGCCUUCAGCUGAGUUCCCUGCUGGGGCGCGAAGCUCCCUAAGCCAUUAAUUCACUCCUCUUCAGUAGGCUCGGUUUGGCAGAAAAACACUUAAUUCAGGGUGCAGGCGAUGCUUCUGGAAAACCCUUCCUGUAGGAGAGAGAACGUGCCCACGCGCGCGUGUGGUACCCACAUGCUCCCAUCCUGCCUGCCUGCCCCGCGCCUGGGCCUUGAAGGGCCUUCCUCUCCAGGCUUUCAGACACCCCACUAUGAGCUCUUUUGCCCUUGUCGCUGGCAGACAGUUUAAAAAAAAAAAAAAUCCUGUUUCCCUGUGACAAGUUAUGCUUCAGAAUAAAAACAAUAAAGAUUAGAUUUGCAUUGA